UCGCGAGCGCUGCUGUCACACACUCAUGAUGGCUGCCGUGUGGCGAGCGCGCAAAUUUGUCCGCUCUGUCGUCCGCUUCUCUGAUCGUGAUCUGUAAAAUACUCGCUGAAAGCACGACAUUAAACGCGACAUUAAAAGAGUUCGCAAAAUAAGCUGUUAUGGCUGAAAGCAACCAAAACACUGUUGAAGAAGAGGAAGAUGAAAAUACAGAGGAUUCUAAUCUGCAAUUGGAGCUCAGUGCUUUUCGAGCACAGUGGAUGUCUGAGCUUCAGCCCAGCUCAGGUGGAAAGAAAAGUGUCUAUAAAACUGCUGACCUGAGGAGGAGACAGGAAAUCGCUAACGAGGAAAAGGCCCGAGAGCUGUUCCUGAAGGCUGUCGAGGAAGAACAGAACGGAGCAGUUUAUGAAGCCAUCAAGUACUAUAAGAGUGCAAUGCAUCUGGUACCGGACAUUGAGUUUAAGAUCAACUACAGCAGAAGUCCUGAUCCAGACCGUGCUGGGAGCUACUUGGAGGACAAUGAGAACGGUCGGGAGAUCGACGAUCUUCUGACGUACUUCCAGCAGCAGCUGACGCUGGGGGACGGCAGCAUGAAGCUGUGUGAGCCUGAGACCGACUCGACUCAGGUGCACAUCUCAGCUUUGCCCUUCGAGGUGCUCAUGUAUAUCUUCCGUUGGGUGGUGUCAUGUGACCUGGACCUUCGAGCCUUAGAGCAGCUUUCCCUGGUUUGCAGGGGUUUCUAUAUCUGUGCGAGGGACCCUGAGAUUUGGCGCUCUGCCUGUAUGAGGGUGUGGGGGCGGAGCUGCACCAAAAUGCUGCCAUUUUCAUCCUGGAGAGAGAUGUUUUUGGAAAGGCCACGUGUACGCUUUGAUGGUGUUUACAUCAGUAAAACAUCAUACAUCCGUCAGGGGGAGGAGUCUCUCGAUGGCUUCUACAGGGCUUGGCAUCAGGUGGAGUACUACAGGUACUUGCGCUUCUUCCCUGACGGUCAGGUGAUGAUGUUGACCACACCUGAGGACCCUUUGGUCAUCGUCCCAAGGCUGCGCAGCAGGAACUCCAGAGUGGAGUCCAUCAUGUUUGGCCAUUAUCGGCUGUCCCAAGAUACAGACAAUCAAACCAAAGUUUACGUUGUUGUCUCCAAGAGAAAAGAAGAGCAGAAGGUGGCAGAGUACCAGAGGAGCCGGUUCUGCAGGCGGAGCCCAGCCCCCGAAGCGGAGCGCUCCUUCCAUGUAGGACUGCAGCUGUCCUCGGGGGGGCGACAGCGCUUCAACAAGCUGGUGUGGAUCCACCAUUCCUGCCACAUCACCUACAGAUCGACCGGAGAGACAGUUGUCACUGCAUUUGAUGUAGACAAAAUGUACACGCCUCUGUUUUUUGCACGAGUGAAGAGCUACACAGCCUUUUCAGAGCGUCCACUGUAGGACGACCCAAGCGAUGCAUGCAGUCACUCGACCCUUGACCCCUCAAGGUUUACACCUCACUGCCAACUCCAUCUGCUCUCCCUACUGCUUCCAGCCCCAGGCUCUUUCUUAUGAAUGUACAAGAACGCCGUGACGUUUUUAGAUUACUACAGUCUUAACUGCAGCUCAAAGCAUUACGUUUAGUUUUCAUGAUAGUGUAAGGUCUUUCUCGCUCAUAUUGUAAAGAUAUAUAAGAUUGUCUGUAAGAAGUUUCAAGUCGACUGUGAUGAAAGUUCACUUUGGUUUUGUGAAUUUCAGUGAGGGAAUAUGCCGGACCACUGGAACACCCAAAUAAAUGAGCUAUAUUGUG